GGAUCAUUUUACCCUCCCCACAAUACACACGCACACACACGGAGCGAAAUUUCCCAAGCAACACACAUUCCCUCGAUCGUUCGCUCGAUCAGCUGUUGCAAGUGUUUGCGGCUCGGGAGUGGUGACUCGUUUUUAUUUUUUUAUUUUGUGUGCCCCUUCUUGCACGAUGUUGGCGCGUGCUAUCUUCCCACUUGGCUCCCGUACACAUGCGCACUUGCGUGCUGCAGUGCUAGCAGCACGUUCUGCUCCAUUCCCUACCGCACACGAGGGCGCUGAUCGUUCACCAGAAAGGAGGGUAAAAUCGCGACCAAUCAAACCCACGAGCCUACAAGCAUAACGAUCAUCCCUGACCUUCGAUUGGGGAGGGUGAGCGCAAAGAUGUGUCACAAUGUGUGCUGAUUUUUGUUGUUGCGAAAGCACAUGGUGCCUGCCAUGUGCUUUCUUUAUAGGGCGAUUCAUUGAUCGUGUCUUGCGGUUUGUACAAUUCUUCACUUGCUGCACGAUCGCGAUUGUGGUACUUUUCGCGCACCGAGUACGUUGAACUGUUGACCUAUAUAAGGUUGGUCUUGGUUUCAUUAGGCGUACCGCAGUGCUGGCUACACCAGGACCAAGCAUAUUUGACUGACAACCUGAUGGCACGUUAAUUUGGGAUGGCAGAAAAUGGAAAGGCCCAGCAGUACAACGGCAAAUAGUCUACAAAAACGGGACACAGAAGUGGACCGGAAUGGGAGUUAAAGAUGAUGCCGCCUCGCGGGUGACGCACAUCUGUUUUGGUAGCGUCGUCCAACGUAUUUGCUUUACUUUUCACACGCUACUUAUAAUGGAAGCGAUCGUGAAAUGUGUUUGUGUCGCGUUUUUUGAGCUGAAAGUUUCUGUAACACUCCACUCAUUAGUUGCGUUUUUGAGAAUCGAUUAACACACAGCCCCGUUGUUGGCCUUGUCUUUGAAUUCUUAUCAAAGUGCAAGACCGACAGUGGCAGAUAUCGGCGAUAAAGCGGUUUGGUUGAUAAAGAUAACGAAAUAAUGUCAUACCAAUGCCGGCUGGGGAUAAUUUUAGCUUGUUUGAGAUUGGUUUUGCUUCUCGGACGGAAAAAGUCUCUUCAUAAAGGUAGAAACAUAUUAAUAAAUCCUUAAACAGUAUAAAAAAGCGUAAAAGGAAAUAUCAAUGUAUGUGUGUGUGUGUGUUGGUGUGCUCAAAGGUACGCUUUGCAAAUAUUCUUUCCAUUUUCCUAAGCUAUAUCCGAUUCAAAGUUCUCCUUCUCUCCCUCCCACCAAACCGCUCUGACCAGUUACGGUGAUGAGGGCCUGACAACAUAUACCAACAUGGCUUAUAAAUAAACGCGAUACGUGUUUGUGUGUCUACAGUCGUCGCUGGCCGGUCGCUGACCAAGUCGUCCAACUGUCUACAGCCGUUGGCGUACCGACGGCAGCGGCGACGGCUCGAAAAAGGGUCCGCGUAGCCAGGCACGAUCCUCACUACCGCCCAGUCAAGAUCGAUCAAUCGCGUCGGGUGUAGGGGCGCUUUCGCGAGAGCAAUAUGCAAAAAUAGUGUUACCGCACCAAGGGAAGAUCAGUUGAAUUGAGAGAAGAUUACACCUGCGUGCUGGAAUCUUGCUUUCCAAAACGAAUUCAAAAUAUCAUUCCCUUUGUUUGGAACGCUUCCGAACGAAACUGAACGAGAGGAAGGAAGUUCACGGUAACAGACACAAAGGUUAAGCAAGGAAGGUUAAGACGUCAGUGGCUCUUGCUCGGACUUUCACCUGUGCUUAGUGAGUCCCCGUGGACGGUGUGGAUGUGUUGUGCUUCGGGGAUCAAACUACCAAACGUGCGGCAAAUCAGCAAAUCGAACCCAACCAAUCCAAUCUUAUCUGGAUCGAAGGCGGAUUUGAGUGUUUGCUUUGGUAGUGGCGGUUUUGCAAACCGAGCGAGGCUGCAAUGAUGGCGCUGCUGGUUUUGGGUCACUUUGCCGUGCCGGUGCAUCUUGCCAACGUGCGGGUACGAUUCGUCAGCUAUCGCACGAAACGACCCAUCGGGCUUAUCAGCGCACAGUACGACAGCUUGCUGCAGCCGCACACGAUCUUCAGCGGAAGCACCGGCAGCAGAACCUGGACACCAGCCGGCGGAGUCCGGCAGGAUGGCGGUGUGCCGCUGCUCGAUGCGCUCGGGUACAGGUGUGGAACAGUGCUACCGGGUCCGCCGAGCAUCAGAUGCAUUUCCACCACCAGCUGGCUUGGCGAUCAACCGUCCUCGAAGGUUGAAGUCACGGUACAAACGUUAAAAAAAAAAGAAAAAGAACAGCAGCAGCAACAACAGCAGCAGCUCGCCAAUGGCGUACCGAACGGAGCUAAUGCAGCACCGACCGCGGCAACAUCGAAAGUACUUGCCGACCUUGGUACGAGCGCAGCGAACGCCCCAGUCGGUGCCAGUACCGGUGCCAGCGCGGACGCACAAUCGCAAGCCCCGGCACCAGCGGCCGCCGUUGUCGCGGCCGCCCCGGUUGUGAAGAAAACCCUGAAGCAGCGCAUAUGGGCCGAGCUGGUGCACUACUACCACGGCUUUCGGUUGCUGUUCAUCGACAUCAAUAUUAGCCGGAAGCUGCUGUGGCGCGUACUUAAUGGGAAAACGUUGACGCGCCGCGAGCACAAGCUGCUCAUCCGGACGACCUCCGAUCUGUUCCGGCUCGUGCCGUUCUCGGUGUUUAUCAUCGUGCCGUUUAUGGAGCUGCUGCUGCCGCUCGCGAUCAAGCUGUUCCCGGGCAUGCUGCCCUCCACCUUCCAGACCGCGACCGAGCGGGAGGACAAGAUCAAGCAGAACCUCAAGGUGAAGAUCGAGAUGGCCAAGUUCCUGCAGAAGACGCUCGACGACAUGGCGGUCCAGAACAAGGAGCACCGGUCGCAGGCGGCCAAGGACUUUAGCGAGUUCUUUACCCGCAUCCGGACGACGGAGAACUUUACCAUCUCGAACGAGGAGAUACUGAAGUUUUCCAAACUGUUCGAGGACGAAAUUACGCUCGACUCACUCAACCGCCAGCAGCUGCAGGCGCUGUGCCGCGUGCUGGAGGUGUCACCGAUCGGCACCUCUAACCUGCUGCGGUUCCAGCUGCGCCUGAAGCUGCGCAACCUGGCGGCGGACGAUCGCACCAUCCAGAAGGAGGGCAUCGCGUCCCUGAACCUGUCCGAGCUGCAGGCCGCCUGCCGGGCGCGCGGUAUGCGUGCGUACGGUGCCUCGGAGGAGCGGCUCAAGUCGCAGCUGCAGGAGUGGAUCAAUCUGAGCCUGAACGAGAAGGUGCCACCGUCGCUGCUGCUGCUGUCCCGGGCGCUCGUGCUGCCGGAGAACAUUACCACGGGCGAUAAGCUGAAGGCGACGAUCUCGUCCCUGCCCGACUCGGUGGCGACCGUCACGAAGGCGGCCAUCGGCGAGCGGGAGGGUAAGAUCGACAACAAGACGAAGAUCGAGGUGAUCAAGGAGGAGGAACGCAAGAUUAAGGAGGAGCGCGAGGAGGAGAAGGAAAAGCAAAAGGAGCAGCAGGAGCUGGUCGACGGCGCUCCGGUCCUGACGGCCGAUGGCAAGACGGUCGAGCCGGGUGCGGUCGUGCCGGAGCAGCCGGAGAUUAUCUUUGCGCCGGCACCGGCAACGACGAUCGUGCUGGACAAGAUCCCCCCGCAGCCGCACACGGUGGAGGAGAUUUCGAGCAAAGAUCUGGAGGUGCUGGGCGAUGCGCUGGGCACGCUGAGCAAGGACAAAAAGUCGCUGCUGGUGGAGAAGGAGGAGAUCCGGGACCUGAAGGAAGAGAUUGCCGACUAUCAGGAGGAUGUGCAGGAGCUACAGGAGGUUGUCACUGCUGCCAGCAAUCAGGAAGAGGUACAGGUGAAGGAAUCGCGUGCCGCAAAACUGCUCUUCAAGAAGGUCAACUCGAUGAUCAACCGCAUGGACACGGUGCUGACGGAGCUGGAGCGCAAGGAGAAGCAGCUGAAGGAGAAGGUGCACGCGGCCGAGCAGAGCGAAGAGGUGCAGAAACCGCCGGCAGCCGACGAGGAGCUGGUGCGGAUAGACGAGCUAAUGUCGGCCAUCAAGAAGAUCCAGAACGUCACGGACGAUUCGCGGUUAGAUCAAAUUUCUAAGAUUCUCGGCAAAAUUGAUGACGAUCAGGAUGGCCAGAUUAAGGUGGAGGACGUGCUGAAGGUUAUCGAAACGAUCGGCAAGGAGAACGUGAAGCUGAACGCGAAACAGGUGGACGAGCUGAUCGAUCUGCUGGACAAGGAGGAGGAGCUGGAGGCGGAAGACAAGAUCGAGAAAGCGCUCACCAAGAGCCUGGAAGCCAAAGAGAAGCAAAAGGAGCAGAAGGAAAAGGAGAAGGAAAAGCUGCUCGAGCUUACGGAUAAGGCUACGGAUCUAAGCUCGCUGGCGCCACCGCCAAGCCCCACGGACCCGACGAAGCAGCAGCUCGACGACGGUACAGCGAUUAUCGACGCGGACGCACUGCAAAAGGUGGUGGAGGAGCGUAAGAAAAAUGCCAGUAUUAAUGGAGCACCAGGCACAGCGGCAGCGGAGGUAGUACCGCCACCGACACAACAUCGUCCAGCGGCCCGGGCAGAAGCGAGCAGCACCGGUGGGGGGCCACCGAAGAACAAAAUGGUUUGAAGCGAACAAACGGCGCAACACAACCGCAAAGUUUUAGAGCUAAUUGUAACUCCGUCAGGGCUGUGCUGCGUUUGCGGUUGUAGCAAACGGUUAAGAACAUUGUUUUCUUUUUAAAAAAAAAAGCUUCUUCAAAAGAAGCGACCUUCGGUUACACAGAGCAAACGAAAGGAGUCCAACGAAAAGUGGCAAGCACGAACCAACAUUUCCCCCUCCUCUCUGUAGGAAAAUCAAGCAAAAGUGCACACGUCCCAGUGAGAGGUUGAAGUGCAAUUCCUUUACACGCUCCUGCCUUGUUGCAACUACGGAAGCUGCCUGUUUACCCAAGGCUUAGAGAAUCCUGUUGCCCGUUGUAAAGCAAGCUGCACUACUGCAUACAUUUCCUUUUACUACUGCUUCCUCGAUCCUCUUCAUUUUCCCUCUCGUGGCCCUACAGAAGGUCGCUGAAAGUGUCUGCAGCAGACACGGUUUAAAACUUAACACCGAAGACAACCUCGAUGACGAAGACGACGACGACGAUACCCCAAAAAUUACAAUUUUGUAAACGUGUGUAUGGUGGAUCCAUCUCACAAAUGCUGGUGCUGUAGGAAAUGCAACAAAGCCGAGUGCGGAAGCAAAACCCAAAACAAAUUUACCGUUGUAACAAACGACCCGAUCGCAUAAAUAAGUCAAAAUGUACAAUAAAAAUGGAUAAUUUAUUAGAAAUGUUAA